AUGUCAUACGAGGUCGGAACCAGAUGUUGGUAUCCAGAUAAACAAGAAGGAUGGGUGGGAUCGGAAGUGACCAAAUUUUCACAUCCAGAAGACAACAAAUAUUGUUUGACCUUAGCGUUGGAAAACGGGGAAGUCGUUGAGAUCGAAACUUCCUCAUUGGACGAGCACGAAAGUGACAACCUGCCGCUUUUGAGAAACCCACCAAUUCUCGAGGCGAUCGAAGACCUGACGUCUUUGUCGUACCUGAACGAGCCUGCCGUACUUCACGCGAUCAAAGCCAGGUAUGGACAGCUUAAUAUAUAUACGUAUUCCGGGAUUGUGCUUAUUGCAACCAAUCCCUUUGAUCGUGUCGAUCAGCUCUAUUCGCAGGAUAUGAUCCAGGCAUACGCUGGCAGUCGCAGAGGCGAACUUGAGCCGCACCUAUUUGCCAUCGCAGAAGAAGCAUACCGGCUAAUGAAAAACGACAAGGAAAACCAGACGAUUGUGGUGAGUGGUGAGUCUGGUGCCGGCAAAACCGUAUCGGCAAAGUACAUUAUGCGCUACUUCGCGUCUGUUGAACAGGCAAAUCAAAGCUCUACUGCAAUCUCAGAGAAUCCACACCACGAGAUGUCAGAAACGGAGCGCCGAAUUCUCGCCACGAAUCCUAUUAUGGAAGCAUUUGGUAACGCGAAGACUACAAGGAACGACAACUCGUCUAGAUUCGGCAAAUAUCUCGAGAUUCUGUUUGAUUCUCGCACUUCCAUCAUUGGUGCUAGAAUCAGGACGUAUUUAUUGGAACGGUCAAGACUGGUUUUCCAGCCGGAAGUAGAGAGAAACUAUCACAUUUUUUACCAACUUCUGGCAGGUCUCUCCGAUGAUGAAAAAUCAGCAUUAAAACUGACCAAAGUAGAGGACUACCACUACUUGAACCAGGGCGGCGACUACAAGAUCAAAGGUGUUGAUGAUGCAGCAGACUAUCGUGAAACAGUAGAUGCAUUAAAGAUGGUUGGUUUCUCUGAUGGCACUCAAAAACAACUCUUUAAGAUUUUGGCCGCUUUGCUUCAUAUCGGUAACAUAGAGAUCAAGAAAACUAGAAAUGACGCAUCUUUGAGCUCAGACGAGCCUAACCUGCAGAUAGCGUGCGAUUUGCUGGAAGUCGAUCCCUUCACUUUUGCAAAGUGGAUCACCAAGAAACAAAUAACAACUCGUUCUGAAAAAAUCAUUUCAAAUCUUUCCUAUAAUCAGGCUGUUGUUGCUAGAAACUCGGUUGCUAAAUUCAUCUUUACAGCCCUUUUCGAUUGGUUGGUCGAGAAUAUCAAUACGGUUCUUUGCAACCCUGACGUUACAAAGCAUAUCAGUUCAUUUAUUGGUGUGUUGGAUAUCUAUGGUUUUGAGCAUUUUGAGACAAACUCUUUCGAGCAGUUUUGCAUCAACUACGCGAAUGAAAAGCUUCAACAGGAAUUCAACCAACACGUCUUCAAACUAGAGCAAGAAGAGUAUGUGGCAGAACAAAUCGAAUGGUCUUUCAUCGAAUUUAAUGAUAAUCAACCAUGUAUUGACUUGAUUGAAAAUAAGCUUGGCAUACUGUCCUUGCUAGACGAAGAAUCUAGGCUUCCAGCUGGAUCAGACGAGAGUUGGACUCAAAAGCUUUAUCAAACCUUGGAUAAACCUCCUACUAAUUCCGUGUUUUCCAAGCCACGAUUUGGCCAAACCAAAUUUGUGGUAUCCCAUUAUGCACUCGAUGUCACCUAUGAUGUCGAUGGUUUCAUAGAGAAAAAUAGGGAUACUGUCUCAGAUGGCCACCUUGAAGUGUUGCGAGCAACGAACAACAGCACUUUGACUUCUAUUCUCGGUGUGAUCGACAAGCAUGCUGCGGCUUUGGCCGAGAAGCAAGAAGCUAGUAGAAAGCCAGGACCAGCGCGGAUGGCAAACAAGAAGCCCACACUGGGAUCUAUGUUUAAGCAAUCCUUAAUUGAGUUAAUGGGUACUAUUAACUCAACUAAUGUUCACUACAUUCGGUGCAUAAAGCCUAAUGAAGCUAAGGAAGCUUGGAAAUUUGACAAUCUCAUGGUGUUAUCACAACUGCGGGCUUGUGGUGUACUUGAAACGAUUCGAAUUUCGUGCGCAGGCUUUCCAUCUCGGUGGACAUACAAUGAAUUUGUGUUGAGGUAUCAUAUUUUGAUUCCCUCUGAGAGCUGGACCAAAAUGUUUACAGGUGGGGCCUCCGAAGAUGACAUCAGACAUAUGUGCAGGCAAAUUUUAGAUGUAACGGUGGAGGAUAAGGAAAAAUAUCAGCUAGGAAAUACCAAAAUUUUCUUUAAGGCGGGCAUGCUGGCAUAUUUGGAAAAGUUGAGAAGCACCAAAAUGCACAAUGCUUGCGUGUUGAUACAGAAGAAGAUCAAAGGUAUCUACUACCGCAAGAGAUACGUUGAGAUUCAAAGCGCUAUUCAUAACGUACAGGCACUCAUGAGCGGCUUGUCCGCACGUCAUAGGGCCGAUUUCCAAAUCAAAAAUCUAGCUGCAAUUACACUUCAAAGUCUGAUCAGAGCUGUGAACCAACGCCGCCAGAGUAAAACCGCCAUAUUAUCCGUACUCAAGCUCCAGUCGCUGGUUAGAAGUAGCCUUGCUCAAAGGCAACUUUCACAGAAACUAGAAGCAGAGGCUGCAGUACACAUCCAGAAAAAGAUUAGGGGAUUUAGACCUCGACAGAGCUUCAAUUUAACCAGAAGCUCUUCGAUUCGGGUUCAGUCUCUAAUGAGGAGAAAAUUGGCUAAGAGGCAAUUGAAACAGUUGAAAGCCGACGCCAAAUCAGUCAAAAACUUACAGGAGGUUAGUUACAAACUAGAAAACAAGGUCAUACAACUUACUGAAGGACUGGCGGAAAAAGUUAAAGAAAAUAAGGAAAUGACUUUACGCAUUUCUGAAUUGCAGAAGUCACUCAACGAGUCUGCUAACAUUCAGACGAUCUUACAAGCCCAAAAAGAAGAGCACACCCGGGACUUGAAAGAAAAAGAGGAAUCACAUCAUGCAGAACUUGCCGACAAAUCGUCAGAACUAGUUAGCGCUCGCGAAGAAAUCGAUGCUGUCAGAAAAGAAGUUGAAGAGUUACUUUUGCAACAAGAGCAGUUGAAGAACGACGUUCGCACAAAAAUACAAGAUCUGCAAAAGGCUCAAGGCGAGGUUGCAGAUGCUCAAACUCAGAAUUCGGAUCUAAAGAAUGAAGUAAAAUCAUUGAAAGACGAAAUCAGUCGGUUACAGAGUAGCAUCCGUAGUGGCGCCAGUACUGGUAACACGAUGGUCAAUACACCUAUCAAAAACAGAAGGUUCAGCAGUCACAGCAGCAUGGCUGAUGGUGCUUCUCCAAGACAGCUCAAUGUUGUUUCUAUGAACAACGGUAUGGAGGAUGAUGUCAGAUCAACAGCGAGUGCUCUUUCUCAAAUUAAUGACGAGCUAUACAAGAUACUCGAAGACACAAAAACCCUGAACACCGAAAUAGUGGAAGGUCUGCUAAAAGGAUUUAAAAUUCCAGAAACGGGAGUUGCUGCUGAAUUGACAAGAAAAGAAGUUUUAUAUCCUGCCAGAAUCAUGAUCAUUGUGUUGAGUGACAUGUGGAGACUUGGGCUCACCAAACAAAGUGAAAGCUUUCUUGCUGAGGCAAUGUCUACCAUUCAAAAACUGGUCACCAAUUUGAAGGGCGAUGACAUGGUAUGUCAUGGCGCCUUUUGGCUAACUAAUGUCAGAGAGCUGUAUUCUUUCGUGGUGUUCGCACAAGAAAGUAUUUUGAAUGAUGAUUCUUAUAACAGUGGCUUGAACGACGAUGAGUACAAAGAAUACGUGACCUUGGUUACUGAACUGAAAGAUGACUUCGAAUCUCUAAGCUACAACAUCUACAAUAUCUGGCUAAAGAAAUUACAAAAGGAACUCGAGAAAAAGGCAAUUUCUGCUGUUGUAAUGUCACAGUCAUUACCUGGUUUUAUUGCAAAUGAGUCAACCCAGUUCUUAGGUAAACUCUUCACUCAGACGAAUUACUAUAAAAUGGAUGACAUUCUCACUUUCUUCAAUAGCAUAUACUGGUCCAUGAAGACGUAUCAUGUGGAACAGGAGGUGUUUCGCGAGGUCAUCAUCACUUUACUCAAGUAUGUUGAUUCCAUUUGCUUUAAUGACCUAAUAAUGAAGCGGAACUUUUUAUCAUGGAAAAGGGGUCUCCAAUUAAACUACAAUGUUACUAGAUUGGAGGAAUGGUGUAAAUCUCAUCAUAUCCCAGAGGGUACCGAUUGUUUACAGCAUAUGCUACAAGCUUCAAAGCUUCUACAAUUGAAAAAGGCCAACCUAGAGGAUAUUGAUAUCAUUUGGGAAAUAUGUUCGUCGUUGAAGCCUGCCCAAAUUCAGAAGCUUAUCACCCAGUACGCAGUUGCUGACUACGAGAUUCCGAUUCCGCAAGAGAUUUUGACCUUUGUAGCAAAUAGGGUGAAAAAUGAGUCAUCUCUGUCGUCAGAUGGUAAAUCUCAAGUGCACAGUAGCGAUAUUUUCCUCACUGUUGAGAGUGGUCCUUUUGAGGACCCAUUCAAUUUGAUAGAGACAAGGAAGUUCGGAAAAAUUGAAGCUUAUAUUCCUGCUUGGAUGAAUUUGCCUGUUACCAGGAGGGUUGUUGAGUUGGUCACUCAACAUGUUACGGUGCAGGAAGUUCAAAGAACUGUUUAA